UGUUAUGAUGUGCAUUCUCUAGUUGACCUCAGUUUUACUGUAGCCUUAAAUACAACAGAGGAAUCUCACUAAUGCUAACUGAAACGUUGUAACUUCACUUCCUCUUGUGGCUUGAUAUAGAGAAACGCCAUCAUAGCUUUUCACACUUGAAGUGCUCACAUGCUCUCAGAAAUGGACGACACUGCACAAGGAGGUAAAGCCUAUGGUCUUCUCAAGUCUCAACAGGAAGAAAAAUUGGUCUCUAUUAAUGAGGCUUUUCUCUCAGAUCCCCAGUAUGCAGAAGAGGAAGACCUUAGCUCAAAGCUUGAAAUGUUUAAAAAGAAGUACAUGGAGUUUGAUCUGAACGACAAAGGAGAAAUAGAUUUAAUGGGGUUAAAACGAAUGCUAGAGAAACUCGGAUUGUCCAAGACUCACUUAGAGCUGAAAAAGAUGAUGUCAGAGGUGGUUGGAGGGACAUCGAAAGAUACUAUCAGCUACAACAACUUCCUGAAUAUGAUGCUCGGAAAAAGAAAUGCAAUUCUGAAACUGAUCUUGAUGUUUGAAGGCAUGGGAAAGGAGCAGGAGCACAAAGAUGUUGCACCACCUUGUCGCAAAACCUUUUCAGACCUGCCUUGAAGGAGCUCUCCAUCCCAGCCGGGAAUUAUUCUUUUAGGAUUAAAACAUAACCUGAAUGCUUUUAAAUUCAUGACAAUAGAAAAAAAGACAUUGAACAUAUUGUAAAAUGUGCAGUUUUAAUAAAGUAAUAUUACAUAAAAUUUUUGUGUAUUCUGCCAUGUCUGAUUGUGACCAUAGUACGAUUUUCCCACAUUGUAGCCAACGAAAUGCUUUGUAAUCACCUAUUUAAUCUACAUUAUGUUGCUUUAGCUACUUAGUUAAAUACAUGAUGUAUGGACUCUAUGUGGGAGCCUUUAUUAUCUCAGACAAAAUACCCUAAUAUUGCUAUAGUAAAUAUAGGAAUAGCUCUGUGUGUAAUGGCAAAUUUCCAAUUUCCAAUGUUUGACCAAUGUUCCAAUUCUUAUGCCAUCUACACAGGUAGGUGUAUGGGUUCUUAUGCAGAUGGAGCUUCCAAUUGUAGUUGUGGAUGGUUGUCAGUUCUAUGGAUGUCUGUUUGUGUCUGCUUGCAUGUUGCUGUUCCGGUUGAGUAGUGGGUUCGGUUGUAGGUUAACCACCGUCCUAUUAGGCUUGCUCACUGUUCUGUUCGGGUCGCUCACUGCACUGGUGAGAACUAUUUGCUCUCUCUACCUGUGUCCUAUCACCCAUUUCCUGUCACCUGUACACCCUUAUAUAGUUACAUCCGCCACCAAGUGUCCAAAAUAAUAACGCAAAACGGCUUCUACACCGGCCCCUAAUUGUCUUAGUGUGUAACAAUUACCAAUAAAUAAUAAAGGAGCUAUAAACU